AUGGAUUUGAGUUGGCUGAGCGCUAUUCUAGUUGGGGCGGGUUGCCUUGCUAUGGGCUACUUCGUGGGGACCUCUAACCCUGGUACGAAUUUUCUCUCAACCAGAUCAAUUAAAGACACUACUGCACUUGUCAGUACUAGAACGAACAAGAAGAAGGAUAAUCCCAAAGACCCUUUUGAGAUUGAAAACCUAGUUGACAAUUUUGAAGAUUUCAAGAUGAUUUUGGUGGUGAGAAAUGAUCUAAAGAUGGGUAAAGGGAAAAUUGCCGCCCAAUGCAGUCAUGCAACUUUGGGCCUCUAUAAGAAGCUACUCCGCCGAGCACCAAAAGCCCUGAACAGAUGGGAGAUGUGUGCACAGCCUAAAGUGGUUGUGAAAAUUGAGAGCGAGGAGGAUAUGCUCAUGUUGCAGGAGAAGGCAAAAUCAGUCAAGCUCCCAACCCAUAUUACUAUUGAUGCCGGGAGAACUCAGAUUGCACCAAAUUCAAGGACAGUGAUGGCUAUUCUUGGACCUGUCGAAACAGUUGAUAAAGUAACUGGUGGACUGAAACUGUUGUAGCUUUGCUGAGGUGAAAUGGGCUUGGUUGGGUGAUUUUGAAGGCUAGCUAUCUAUGAGUGAAGACACAUGUAAGGAUAUAUACAGAUAGAUAGAUAGAUAUUCUUAAAUUGAAACAAACACAUUGAUCCAUUUUCAUGGACAUCUUCAGUUUGGGACAUUAUUCACGUCUUGUUAUUACCAAUUAGCAAACAUGAGUUUUAAUCUUAAUUGAGUAGUUUGGGUUGUGUACAUGCAACACUUUAAGGUGUCUAACACCGACAUUUUACGUUUAUUUUAAGGUGUUUAAUGCAGUAUUUGGUGACA